AUGUCGGCCGAGCGAGAAUUCCAAAUCGUGCCCAUAGUGCAGGAGGCAGUCGUACACAACUCACGGACAUUACUGAACCUGCAGUCGCUGACGGCGUCGCUGUUCGGCGUCGGCGCGGGGAUCCUCGGGCUCGAGUCGUACAGCGGGUUCCUGUUCUACGUGGUGUGUUCGCUGCUGACGGCGAUGCUGUUCUACGUGGUGCGGGUGGCGCCGACGUCGCUUGCGUCAGACGCAAACGGCGGUGGCGGCGCGUUCGAUACGAGCCGCUACUUCCGCAGCCAAGUCGAGUUCUGGACUGGCGGGCUGAUGAACGGACUGGCGGGCUUCAUCCUGACGUGGACGCUGUUUUACGGGUUGGUGAGGGCGUGA